UUCCAUUACGCUAGACAAGUCUUCCUAUGUGCUGUCUAGACCCGGUCAGACAGGCGGCUGGUGUGUCUAUAAUCAUUAUUUCUAUGCUCUUGCCAUUUUCUUAAGUGGAAUUUUUUCUAGGUUACACAACGGCAGUAGUCUACUUGAAUAAGUCACGGAUUUUGACUCAGAAGGACAAAGUCGUCCAUUUGGAGCGCUUAUUCGGGACACAAGAUCAACCAGAUCUCUUUAACCUAUUUUUGAAGACUGUAAAGUUGGUCGUUCAAUAUGCUUUUGGGCAAAGUGAGCUUGACUCCUGCUUUGUGCACAGCACUUCGUAUCUCCCCUGCCUUUUCGGGGUAAGUAAAUACAUUUUAACUGACAAAACAGCUUUAAAAUUAUUUAUUUAUAUACAUUCAAUGAUUUACAUUUCAUAUUUCUAUUCGUGUAGGGUUCAGAAGCAGAUCCGAGCAGCCGCCGCGCAGAAUGCCCGCCUCUAUGCUUCUUCUCAGGCCGCGGAGGUAGGCAAUGUAAGGACAGGGCGCUGUCAUAAGAUAGAACGUUCACAGCCACGUACUCGUUUUCCCGGUAAAAUUGUAAACAUUGUAUGAAUGAUCAAACAUUUUAACAGUGAUAAUUCUAUACAGGAGCGUUUAUGUUGCCAGUCUUGACAGCUCAUAGGUAAUGCCUCCAGGUGUUGAAACAAACGAUUCUGAGUCAUAUAAUGUUGUAUUAAUAAAAUGUUAUCCAAAUUAGAUAAUCAAUAAAGUGUUGUAACUGAUAAAAGGAUGACAUUGCUUCCAGCGGAGGUAACCUAUGUGCAUCUACCAUAUCCAUCAGGAUAUGUAAUGGCAUCGAGAAGUGGGGGAAAGUUCACCGUGGACCCACGUGACUCCAAAGUAGGCUAUAGGUGGUGGUGGUGGUGGUGGUGCUGCUGAGUUCUAUUUCCAUUCAAUGAUAGACAGGGGACAGCAGGGCACACAGUACAUGUGUCUGACCAUUGACCAUGUCAAUAGGGUACCACAGUAUGAGUCAUAAUAACCAUAAAACCUAGUGGUCAAACAGAGAAAUGGUUCCAAUUGUUUUUCACCAUUCAUUUUUCCCAUAGGGGAUUGUAGAAACACUUAAAAUAAGAGCUGUGUUUUGUGUAGGCUUACUCUGGUGUGACGUUUUGAUAACCAUGUACAUCUCUCUCAGACAAGGUGACUUUUAUCAAUAUAUUUGCCUGUAUUUAACCCCCCAAAAUGAAAUGCUAAUUAGCUGCUAAUGUGGCUGUCGUAAAGAACUACAAAUGCCAUGAUGAUCUCGACGAGACUGGUAAGAAUCUCUGGAUUAACUAUAAUGUUAGCUACGUGUAGUAAUGAAAAAAUUGGCAAAAAUCUAAAUAGACAAUUCUGUGAAAUGUCUUGUGCAAGAUUUAAAUUGACACUACCUGUUAGCAAAGGUGUCAGCUAGAGAUGGCAUGCAGGAGCUUGCAGGGAUUUGUAGUUUUGCAUGAUGUCUACUUUAAUGCUAAUUAGCGUUUUAGAAUCGGAGAGUAAAUAGAGCCGAACAUAUUGAUAAAAGUCACCUUGUCCGAGAGAGAUUUACAUGGUUGUCAACGCUAGGGCUGUGGCGGUCAUUAAAUUGUCAGCUGGUGAUUGUCAAGCAAAUAACUGCCGGUCUCACAGUAAUUGAUUGUUAAUGAACAAACACAUUUAGCAUCUCCUGGCUUCCACACAUAGCCUACAAGCCACUGAUGCAGACCUUUGGAAUAUCUACAUUUUAAAAAGUCUAAUAAAUCCAUGUAAUAUAGCCUACACCAUCACAAUAAAUCCAUUAGGUCUAAAGAAACAUGAUAUGAAGAAAAUCUAAUUUAUUUCAGAAGAACAGAAUAGCAUACUCUGAGUUUUCCUUAUGUUAGGCCCUGAUCUGGCUAUGCCAUAUACAGUGCAUUCGGGAAGUAUUCAGACCCAUUGACUUGUUCCAAAAAAAAUUACAUUACAGCCUUAUUCUAAAAUUGCUAAAAUAGUUUUUUUCCCCCUCAAUCUACACACAAUGCCCCAUAAUGACAAAGCGAAGAGGUUUGGAUUUAUUUUGCAAAUGUGUGUAUAUAUAUAUACAAAAAAACAGGAUAUCACAUUUACAUAAGUAUUCAGACCCUUAACUCAGUACUUUGUUGAAGCUCCUUUGGCAGCGAUUACAGCCUCGAGUCUUCUUGGGUAUGACGCUACAAGCUUGUCACACCUGUAUUUGGGGAGUUUCUCCCAUUCUUCUCUGCAGAUCCUCUCAAGCUCUGUCAGGUUGGAUGGGGAGCAUCGCUGCACAGCUAUUUUCAGGUCCUCCAGAGAUGUUCAAUCAGGUUCUAGUCCAGACUCUGACUGGACCACUCAAGGACAUUCAGAGACUUGUCCCGAAGCCACUAAUGCGUUGUCUUGGCUGUGUGCUUAGGGUCAUUGUCCUGUUGGAAGGUGAACCUUCGCCCAAGUCUGAGGUCCUGAGUGCUCUGGAGCAGGUUUUCAUCAAGGAUCGCUCAGUACUUUGCUACGUUCAUCUUUCCCUCGAUCCUGACUAGUCUCCCAGUCCCUGCCACUGUAAAACAUCCCCACAGCAUGCUGCUGCCACCACCAUUCUUCACCGUAGGGAUGGUGCCAGGUUUCCUCCAGACGUGAGACUUGGCAUUCAGGCCAAGGAGUUCAAUCUUGGUUUCAUCAGAUCAGAUAAUCUUGUUUCUCAUGGUCUGAGUCCUUUAGGUGCCUUUUGGCAAACUCCAAGCGGGCUGUCAUGUGCCCUUUACUGAGGAGUGGCUUCCGUCUGGCAACUAUACCAUAAAGGCCUGAUUGGUGGAGUGCUGCAGAGAUGAUUGUCCUUCUGGAAGGUUCUCCCAUCUCCACAGAGGAGCUCUGUCAGAGUGACCAUUAGGUUCUUGGUCAUCUCCCUGACCAAUGCCCUUCUCCCCCGAUUGCUCAGUUUGGCCGGACGGCCAGCUCUAGGAAGAGUCUUGGUGGUUCCAAACUUCUUCCAUUUAACAAUGAUUGGGGCCACUGUGUUCUUGGGGACCUUCAAUGCUGCAGAAAUAUUUUGGUACCCUUCCCCAGAUCUGUCCCUCGACACAAUCCUGUCUCGGAGCUCUACGGCCAAUUCCUUUUGACCUCAUGGCUUGGUUUUUGCUCUAACAUGCUCUGUCAACUGUGGGACCUUUUUAUAUAGACAGGUGUGUGCCUUUCCAAAUCAUGUCCAAUGAAUUGAAUUUACCACAGGUGGACUCCAAUCAAUCAAGUUGUAGAAACAUCUCAAGGAUUAUCAAUGGAAACAGGAUGCACCUUGGCUCAAUUUCAAGUCUCAUAGCAAAGGGUCUGAAUACUUAUGUAAAUAAGGUAUUUCUGUUUAAUACAUUUGCAAACAUUUAUAAAAACCUGUUUUUGCUUUGUCAUUAUGGGGUAUUGUGUGUAGAUUGAUGAGGGAAAACAUCUAUUUAAUCCAUUUUAGAAUAAGGCUGUAAACUUACAAAAUGUGGAAAAAGGGAAGGGUUCUGAACACUUUGCGAAUGCACUGUAGCUGUGGGUUACACUAGUUCAUUUAGCAGACAAGAUUUGCUUAGAAUUCCGUGGCAUUAUUUUAUAGUAUAAAGAAUACAAUUGAACAUAGCUGAAUAAAAUAGAAAGUAUAUUUUCUCCAAACGAUUUGAGGGAGUGCACACGUGGCUAUUCUGUGUUGAGUGGUUAACAAAGAAACAGGUACUCCUAUAUGCUUAAUUUAGAGUGAUGUAACUUUAGUUGUGAUACAGAUGUUGGUCUAUAUGUUUUGAUUUUUAAUACAUUCUAAGGCUGCAUGAUGCGACUAAUGAUGAUUAGAAAAAAGUUGCAUGAAAGGCAUGAGCUCUGCUUUGUUUUUUGCGCAGGCUGUACACACUUCAUGAGUCUCAUUCACAAUUUGACAAGCACUUGAUAAUGCCUAAAAUUUCCCGGCGGCAUCCCCUUUGUGUGGCCAUAAUGCCCCCUAAAAAAAUCCAUGCCUUUUGUGGCCAAUGGCCGUUUUGCCCUUGGACUGAAAUAAUAAUAAUAAUUCCCUUCUCCUGGCUGCAUGCCGAAGCACCUCUCACAGAUAUUGGAAGAACUGUCCACAUUUACUUUUCGUCAGCCAACAAGAUGAGUAGGCCUAACGAACAGCAAAAGCAGUAGCCUAUGUCAAUCUACUAUCCCCCAUAGUACAAAAGUUGACCUAUUCUUUGCAAGAUAUAAAUAUUCCAAACAUAGUCAUGGACAGUUGUGGGAUGCGAUAGAUCCCAAAUUAAUACAACCACUAGCAUAAUGAGCCUGAAGCAACAGAUCACAACGUUUAGCUUAAAAUGUUGAUUAACUAUUAGGCUAUUUCUUCACAUUUAUAAGUGUAUCAAUGCGCACACGGCAGUAGGCUGUAAGCGCAAAUGUUCCAUUAGCAGGAAAACACCAUUGUCAAAAGUGACCGCAAAUGGGAUUUUGCAUGUAAUGCUUUUAUUAUAAAGAUGCAUUUUUAUGGUGAAAAUUAUCUUUCCCAAACUCACUGCGUAUGUAUGCCAGUUAUGCUUUACACUCGUUGUAAAGCAGAUUCUUGUGCUUCAUUUUAAGAAGUUAUUUGGCUGCUUUAGUUGUGAUACAAACCUUAUCAAAACAUAUAGGCCUAUGGGCUAGGCUACAGUUGAAGUCGGAAGUUUACAUACACUUAAAACACUUAUUUUUUUCGACCACUCCACAAAUUUCUUGUUAACAUACUAUAGUUUUGGCAAGUCGGUUAGGACGUCUACUUUGUACAAGGAAUUUUUCCAACAAUUGUUUACAGACAGAUUAUUUCACUUAUAAUUCACUGUAUCACAAUUCCAGUGGGUCAGAAGUUUACAUACACUAAGUUGACUGUGCCUUUAAACAGCUUGUCAUGGCUUUAGAAGCUUCUGAUAAGCUAAUUGACAUCAUUUGAGUCAAUUGGAGGUGUACCUGUGGAUGUAUUUCAAGGCCUACCUUCAAACGCAGUGCCUCUUUGCUUGACAUCAUGGGAAAAUCAAAAGAAAUCAGCCAAAACCUCAGAAUCUUUUUUUUAGACCUCCACAAGUCUGGUUCAUCCUUGGGAGCAAUUUCCAAACACCUGAAGGUACCACGUUCAUCUGUACAAACAAUAGUACGCAAGUAUAAACACCAUGGGACCACACAGCCGUCAUACAUCUCCUAGAGAUGAACGUACUUUGGUGCAAAUCAAUCCCAGAACAACAGCAAAGGACCUUGUGAAGAUGCUGGAGGAAACAGGUACAAAAGUAUCUAUAUCCACAGGGGGGGGGGAGAAAGAGGUCAAAUCAUGAUGUCAGUGAUCUUCAGGUCGGAAAGUCGGAACUCUAGAAAGAUGCCCAAGUUUCCGACUUGGAAUUUCGAGUUGGAGGACCGUUAAAUUAUAACAUGUCUUGAAUGCACUGAAGCCGGAAGUCGCAGAUUUCCAAGUUCCCAGCUGUUUAGAAUGCGACAAUAGGUCCCUCUCCUCACAAGGAACAAAUUUGCCUCAUGGACCCAUAUGGAUGGAUUUUCUGCCAUUUAAGAAUUUUUAAGUGAAAAACACUUAACGCUACUCUUCUGGCACCAAAUGACUGAUCUGUACGAAACUUGAUAUGUGGUAUCUAUGGACAAAGGUCUCUCAACGCAAUAUCUUCCAGACUAGUACUGAAAACAUCAUAGCCGCUAUUGACCAAUAAACAUUCACAUGGGCGUGGUCUGGUGCAUAAAACAUAUAAAUCAGUCAAGGAUAUUCAUAUUGUCACACAAUUUGGUACACAUGUUGCAAACACUGCCAAGACUCAACAUAUGCAAGAAUAUUCAUAUCAACCACACGGUGGCGCUAUAAUGGACAUGUUUAUAUCUCUUGAUUUGUUUGACUCAGUGCAGAAAUUUGGCACACAUGCUCAGGGAUAUGAGUCUUGCUAACCCACGCGAUAUCUCAGACACCACUGGCUAAAAUUUUGACGAAACUUAAAUGAAUGAUGUGUCUUGCGAUAGAGAUCUGGCAUUUACAAUGAUUGGCCUAAGGGGGGUGCUAUAGUAAUCAACGGUACGUAUGUUAGUCACAUGCAAAGGGAAGAACUGCAGCAUUCGUGGUGGACUACACGUUUAUUGUUGCCUUUUUUGAUCAUGGUUAGUGACACACCCAGCAGUCAUACGAGACAGAACUUACUUACCAAGCUGUCACCAAGCGCUCUCUCUCUCGCAAGACUGAUUGGAGGGGUUGUGUGAAGGGAUCUGUCCAUAGUAAUACGGCACCCCUGGAGCAAAUUAGGGUUAAGUGCCUUGUUCAAGGGCACAUUGACCGAAUAUUCACCUUAGGUAUUCGAACCAGCGCCCUUUCGGUAUCUAGCUCAACGCUUUAACCGCUAGGCUACCUGCCGGCCCUAUUUGAAAUGUUUCUAUUUUCAUGGUGGAGGGUUAAAACAUUUGGGGGACUUUGGAUCUGUCUCCGUCCGUUCGUACGUUAGUCACACGCAAUAUCUCAGACAUCACUGGCCCGAUUCUGAUGAAACUUGGGUGAAUGAUGCGUCUUGCCAUAGAUAUCCGCCAUUUACAAAAUUACACUGAUUGGCACAAGGGAGGCGCUAUAGUAAUCAACUGACAUUCUGAACUUUUAACAAGCAUGUUGUGCCAUUUGAGCUUAAAUUGUUGUCACUAAUUGGCCCAAGAUGGAGGGCGCUGCAUAAUUCGUGAGGGACAACAUGUUUAAUGUUGCCUUGUUUUUGAAUGAACAUGUCACAUCUCAGAUUCUUAAGAGUAAUAUAUUGUGUUUCUCUUUCAUAUUUAAUCCUUGUGUUUAGGAGCAGGGUCAUCUACUGUAGCUUGGACAAACCCCUUCACUAUUGUUGCUUGUUUACCCUGUCUAAAGUACUGUUCCACUCCAUUCAAUUAUCCUGAUCCUACCUAUCAAUGAUCCAUCGGAAAUUCAGUCCGGAAAUUCAGUUCUUUCUGUCCCUAUCUCUCGACCAUAUUGUAACCAUAGAACUAGAAUGAUAUUAUAUUUCUGUGGUUGUAAUCUCUUCCCUUUCCUCUCUGUAUGACAUUGCUUGGUUGUGUUUGCCUCUCCUCUACAGGCAGUUCUGGACAAGCAGGCUGUUGGCAGUGCCACAGCAACGAAGGCAGCCACUGCCAAGAAGGCACAGAGCGUGGUAUGUGUAGAAGACUUAUUUUUGUCAUAACAACACUCAUAUUCACCCCUGUGUUUUUAGAUCAACCUUCCUCCCCCUAUAAAGUACAGCGUUACUGAAGUUGUCCAUACUGGAUGUAGGCUACUGUUUGGGUCUCCAUGUUUUAAAGUUCAAGAUCAAGAAUUAUGACAGAGCUGCGCUUAGAUACCUCUGAAAUGUUAGAAAGUACAGUAUGCAUUUCCUGCUUUUUUAUGACAGUUGAUGAUAUAUCAACAUGACUCCAUGUAUCUCUUGUAGGAGUCCCAGUCUUUCGCCGUCAACAUGUUCAAGGGCCAGAUCAACCCCUCACAGGUGUUCCCCUUCCCCUCAGGUGAGUGGACUAGUCAUGUUUAGCUUUAAAUGCAUACAUGUCUUGUUAUGCAGCCUCUUAUCUAUUAUGUAAAGGAGAUAUGUUGGAACAUUAUCUAACGGUUGUGUACUUUUUGCUGUUUUCCAGUGAUGAACGAGGAGCAGACCCAGUUCCUCCAGGAGUUGGUCCCACCCGUUUCCAAAUUCUUUGAAGUGAGUGUCAAUUCACCUUUUCUUUUUUUGUGACCAAAUGUUUAUUUUAUUUUACAAAUAGUAAACCACAACACACAUUUCCUCUUAAGUUCUUCAAACUACAUUUCUUCACUGCCCCUAGAUUUGUCAUCAGGGUCAUGUUCAUUAGGGAACACCGUAGCAAAAUGUUUCGAAACGGAAAAUGAAAACAAGCGUUUCUUAUUGGACAUGGUCAGAUAGUUUUGAUUAUUGUCCGUUUUGGACUGUUUUCCUCCAUUUCACGACUACUGAACAUGACCCAGGUUGUAACUGACCUCUCGGUCUCUCUGGCUGAAUCGUGGGUGCUGUACAAUAAACAUAUAUAUAUAUAUAUAUAUAUGGUGUGCUGUGCUGUAGGAGGUGAACGACCCAGCAAAGAAUGACUCCCUGGAGAAGGUGGAGGACAGCACCAUGGAAAGCCUGAAGGAGAUGGGGGCCUUUGGGCUGCAGGUCCCCCAGGACCUUGGGGGCGUGGGGCUCACCAACACACAGGUGAGAACAUGCAUCUUUACCUCUAUAUAUAGAUAUCUCACACACACACUACCAGUCAAAAGUUUGGACACACCUACUCAUUCAAGUGUUUUUCUUUAUUUUAAAAUUUUUUUUUUACAUUGUAGAAUAAUAGUGAAGACAUCAAAACUAUGAAAUAACACAUGGAAUGAUGUAGUAACCAAAAAAAGUGUUAAACAAAUCAAAAUAUAUUUGAGAUUCUUCAAAUAGCCACCCUUUGCCUUGAUGACGGCUUUGCACACUCUUGGCAUUCUCUCAACCAGCUUCAUGAGGUAGUCACCUGGAAUGCAUUUCAAUUAACAGGUGUGCCACCUUAAAAGUUAAUUUGUGGAAUUUAUUUCCUUCUUAAUGCAUUUGAGCCAAUUAGUUGUGUUGUGACAAGGUAGGGGUGGUAUACAGAAGAUAGCCCUAUUUGGUAAAAGACCAAGUCCAUAUUAUGGCAAGAACAGCUCAAAUAAGCAAAGAGAAAUAAGUAUUUGAAGAACUUUGAAAGUUUCUUCAAGUGCAGUCACAAAAACCAUCAAGCGCUAUGAUGAAACUGGCUCUCAUGAGGACCGCCACAGGAAAGGAAGACCCAGUUACCUCUGCUGCAGAGGAUAAGUUCAUUAGAGUUACCAGCUUCAGAAAUUGCAGCCCAAAUAAAUGCUUCACAGAGUUCAAGUAACAGACACAUCUCAACAUCAACUGUUCAGAGGAGACUGUGUAAAUCAGGCCUCCAUGGUCGAAUUGCUGCAAAGAAACCACUACUAAAGGACACCAAUAAGAAGAAGAGACUUGCUUGGGCCAAGAAACAUGAGCAAUGGACAUUAGACUGGUGGAAAUUUGUCCUUUGGUCUGGUUCCAACCGCCAUGUCUUUGUGAGACGCGGUGUGAGUGAACGGAUGAUCUCCGCGUGUGUGGUUCCCACCGUAAAGAAUGGAGAAGGAGGUGUUAUGGUGUGGGGGUGCUUCGCUGGUGACUCCUUCUGUGUUUUAUUUAGAAUUCAAGGCACACGUAACAGCACUCUGCAGCGAUACGCCAUCCCAUUUGGUUUGGGCUUAGUGGGACUAUCAUUUGUUUUUCAACAGGACAAUGACCCAACACACCUCCAAGCUGUGUAAGGGCUAUUUUACCAAGAAGUAGAGUGAUGGAGCGCUGCAUCAGAUGACCUGGCCUCCACAAUACCCUGACCUCAACCCAAUUGAAAUUGUUUGGGAUGAGUCGGACCGCAGAGUGAAGGAAAAGUGCCAACAAGUGCUCAGCAUAUGUGGGAACUCCUUCAAGACUGUUGGAAAAGCAUUCCAGGUGAAGCUGGUUGAGAGAAUGCCAAGACUGUGCAAAGCUAUUAUCAAGGCAAAGGGUGGCUAUUUGAAUAAUCACUUUUUGGUGACUACCUGAUUCCAUAUGUGUUAUUUCAUAUGUAGAAAAUAGUAAAAAUAAAGAAAAACCCUGGAUUGAGUAGGUGUGUCCAAACUUUGAACUGGUACUAUAUAUAUAUAUAUACACACACACACUACCGUUCAAACGUUUGGGGAAACUCUGAGCUAUGUAUGUUGCUCUUGAUAAGAAUGGCUGCAAAAUAAGACUUCAAGACUCAACUGUUUUCUUACCUUUGUGUCCUAUUACAUAGUACACCAGACUGGUAGAGUGUACUGUGUGAAUUAAGUACACUCAUGUUUUAAUGUGCUUUUAUUGAACAGUAUGCCAGGCUGGUGGAGAUCGUGGGCCAGCAUGAUCUGGGGGUUGGCAUCACUCUGGGUGCCCACCAGUCCAUCGGUUUCAAGGGCAUCCUACUGUUUGGUAACCCUGCCCAGAAGGAGAAAUACCUGCCCAAGCUUGCCACAGGUGAGAGAGGCUGGAAUGGACAUUUCUGAUCACUAUGCACUAUUCCAGCUUUGUCGUUUCUCUCUCUAUGUCUCUGUCUCUCUCUGUGUGUGUGUGUGUGUGUAAUUUUAUUUGGUUAUACCUAUAUAUUAUUAUAUUUUUGACUGUGUAAUUACAGUUAAGGCAUUUUGUAAUCUAUCUGUUCUCCUUAUUUCUCUUCUUUUUCUUUCCUCCUCUAUCUAGGUGAGACCCUGGCUGCUUUCUGUCUGACUGAACCAGCCAGUGGCUCUGACGCUGCGUCCAUAAAGACCCUGGCUACCCUCUCUCCCUGUGGAAAACACUACAUCCUCAAUGGAGGCAAGAUCUGGAUCAGGUACUGCAGGACCACCAAGAUUGUGGUAGUAUUUAGUAUGGCAAAUGUCAAACACAAUGUUUAGUGUGGUUUAUGUCUUGUACACAUUCAUAGCUGAAUUGCAGUAUACAGACAAAAGGAAAGGAAAAGUGGUAGUAGUUAGAUGGGAUAAAAUGGAGAGCGAUGGAGUCUCUUGUCAGCUUUGGAUGAUGGGAAAAUUAGUUUUGUAGUAAGGCGUUCUCGCUUUAUGACAAUAUACUGAGUGUACAAAACAUUGCUUUUUCCAUGACAUAGACUGAAAGCUAUGGUCCCUUAUUGAUGUAAUCUGUUAAAUCCACUUCAAUCAGUGUAGACGAAGGGGAGAAGACCAGUUAAAGAAUGAUUUUUAAGGCUUGAGACAAUUGAGACAUGGAUUGUGUAUGUGUGCCAUUCAGAGGGUGAAUGGGCAAGACCAAAUAUUUAAGUGCCUUUUGAACAGGGUAUGGUAGUAGAUGCCAGGCGCACCGGUUUGAGUGUGUUAAGAACUGCAACACUGCUGGGUUUUUCACGCUCAACAGUUUCCGGUGAGUAUUAAGAAUGGUCCACCACCCAAAGGACAUCCAGACAACUUGACACAACUGUGGGAAACAUUGGAGUCAACAUGGGCCAGCAUCCCUGUGGAACGCUUUCGACACCUUAUUGAAGCUGUUCUGAGUGGAAAAGGAGGGGGGGUUGCAACUCAAUAUUAGAAAGGUGUUCCUAAUGUUUUGCACACUCAGUGUACCUGUGGUUGUAUAUUGUAUUGUUAUUGUUUUCUUUGAUUUAUCCUGACUGUUUGUCUGUGUUGUCAGUAAUGGAGGUCUGGCUGAGAUCUUCACAGUGUUUGCCAAGAUGCCCAUGAUGGACGAGAAGACAGGACAAAUGAAGGACAAAAUCACAGCCUUUAUCGUGGAGAGGAGCUUCGGAGGAGUGACACAGUGAGUGACAGAUGGUGGAUGGAGGUAGGGAGGGAUGGAUGAAAGGAUGGAUGAAAGGGUGGAAUUGGAAGAGGGAGGUCUGAAAUGGGGGAAUUUAAGUAAGAGUAUGUACUGUAUGUUUCGUGUUGGAAGCUUCACAUGAUUGUUGAUUUGAUGACGAUCCCAGUCUCUCUAUAUUAGUUCUCUGUCUGUCCAUAGUCUUGUUUUUAGUGAAUAUUUUAAGAAGUUUUUGUUAUGAAAAUGCACAUCCAAAUUUUAAACAAGUUGCAGACUAAAAUACAAACAAAACAAAGAAAUGUGCACACAUUUACAUUUUAAUUUAGGGCUUUAAGCAAACACUCUUAUCCAGGCGACUUAUAGUCAGUGCAUUCAACUAAGUUAGAUAAGACACAACAGCGUGACUACAUGUAUCGUUAACAUUUCGUUACCUUCUCCCUCCUUCCCCCCAGCGGCCCCCCUGAGAAGAAGAUGGGUAUUAAGGCAUCCAACACAGCGGAGGUGUACUUUGAGAACGUCCCGGUACCUAUUGAGAAUGUCAUGGGAGAGGUAGGUGGCGGCUUCAAGGUGGCCAUGGCCAUCCUCAACAACGGACGCUUCGGCAUGGCCGCCGCCCUCUCCGGCACCAUGAAGGGAGUCAUCACCCAGGCUGUGAGUAACGCCGUGUGGGGCUAUCCAAAUAGAGUUACAACUAUUUGCCCUUCAGUUGAGUCUGUCUAGUCCCAUUGAAGCGCUGUUACUGUAUUGGUUUUAGUACUUCCUGACCUCCCCUACAUACUGACUACUGUCCUUGUCUCUUCGCCCAGGUGGACCAUGCAGCCAACAGGGUCCAGUUUGGCAGUAAGAUCCACACCUAUGGCGCUAUCCAGGAGAAGUUGGCACACAUGGCCAUGCUGCAAUAUGUCACUGAGGUACACAGGAUAUCUAUUGAUUUGAAAAUGGAUUGGAUUUAUUGUAUUGCUUUUCCACACACUCAAAGCAUUUGACAUAGUAUGAGGGGAAACCCACCUCAACCACCACCAAUGUGUAGCACCCUGUGGGCGAUGUCAUGGCAGCCAUUUUGCUUCAGAAAGCUCUCCACACUUCAGCUGACAUGGUGUCAGUGGAGGCUGCUGAGGGGAGGACGGCUCAUAAUAAUGGCUGGAACGGAGCAAAUUGAAUGGAAACCAUGUAUUUGAUACCAUUCCACCUAUUCCGCUCCAGUCAUUACCACGAGCCCGUCCUCCCCAAUUAAGGUGCCACCAGCCUCCUGUGCAUGGUAUGCUUACAGCCACUGGCAGAAAGAAGGAAGCAAUGGCAUAAUGCACAUCAUAAUCCAUUACUCAAUCAAUCAACCAAAUGUAUUUAUAAAGCCCUUUUUACAUCAUCAGAUGUCAAAGUGCUUAUACAGAAACCCAGCCUAAAACCCCAAAGAGUAAGCAAUGCGGAUAUAGAAGCAUGGUGGCUAGAAAAAAAACUCCCUAGAAAGGCAGGAAGUUAGGAAGUAAACUAGUGAAGAACCAGGCUCUGAGGGGUGGCCAGUCCUCUUCUGGAUGUGCCGGUGGAGAUGAUAAAAGGACAUGUCCAUUAAGGCUAGAUCGUUCUUCAAGAUGUCCAAAACGUUCAUAGAUCAGCAGAGUGAAAUAAUAAUCAGAGUGGUUAUAGUGGGUGCAACAGAUCAGCACGUCAGGAAUAAAUGAUAGAGAGAGAGAGAGAGAGAGAGAUAGAGAGAGGAUAGAGAUAGAGAGAUAGAGAGAGAGAGAGAGAGAGAGAGAGAGAGAUGAGAAGGAGAGAGAGGAGAGAUAUAGAGAGAUAGAUAUCGAUACUCUCUAGAUAUAUCUAGCAUUAGAUGAUACGAUACUCUCUAUCCUCUCCUCUGCUACUCCUCCUAUCCUCCUCUCUCGAGAGAGAUACUCUCUCUCAUCUCUUCUCUCUCUCUCUCUCUCCUCUCUCUCCUCUCCCUCUCUCUCUCUUCGCUCUCUCUCUCUCUCUCUUCUCUCUCUCUCUUCGCUCUCUCUCUUCUCUACUCCUCUCGCUCUCGCGCUCUCUCUCUCUCUCUAUCUCCCCCCCUAUCCCCACCCCCACUUUUCCCCCCCAUAUCACCUCCCCCAUACACAAAAACUGUUAAACAAUCAUCUAUUUCAGAUUCAAUAACCAUCCUUUGCUUUGAUAAUAGCUUUGCACACUCUUGCCAUUCUCUCAACCAGCUUCACCUGGAAUGCUUUGCCAACAGUCUUGAAGGAGUUCCCACAUGUGCUGAGCACUUGUUGGCUGCUUUUCCUUCACUCUGUGGUCUGACUCAUCCCAAACCAUCUCAAUUGAGUUGAGGUCAGGGGAUUGUGGAGGCCAGAUCAUCUGAUGCAGCACUCCAUCACUCUACUUCUUGGUCAAAUAGCCCUUACACAGCCUGGAGGUGUGUUGGGUCAUUGUCCUGUUGAAAAACAAAUGAUAGUCCCACUAAGCCCAAACCAGAUGGGAUGGCGUGUCGCUGCAGAGUGCUGUGGUAGCCAUGCUGGUUAAGUGUGCGUUGAAUUCUUAAUAAAUCAGUGUCACCAGCAAACCACCCCCACACCAUAACACCUCCUCCUCCAUGCUUUACGGUGGGAAAUACACAUGCGGGGAUCAUCCGUUCGCCCACACCACUAUUGCAAGAAACUACAUUAUAUCCUUUUUCAGUUCAUAUUCAUUAUUGGCAGUUUUUAAAAUAGUAAAGAAACAAAAAUCUCCAAUUUGGACUCCAGACCAAAGGACAAAUUUCCAACGGUCUAAUGUCCAUUGCUCGUGUUUCUUGGCCCAAGCAGGUCUCUUCUUAUUAUUGGUGUCCUUUAGUAGUGGUUUCUUUGCAGCAAUUCGACCAUGAAGUCCUGAUUCACACUGUCCCCUCUGAACUGUUGAUGUUGAGAUGUGUCUGUGAGUUGAACUCUGUGAAGCAUUUAUUUGGGCUGCAAUUUCUGAGGCUGGUAACUCUAAUUAACUUAUCCUCUGCAGCAGAGGUAACCCAUUCCUGUGGUGGUCCUCAUGAGAGCCAGUUUCAUCAUAGCGCUUGAUGGUUUUUGCAACUGCGCUUGAAGAAACUUUCAAAGUUCUUGAAAUGUUCCGUAUUGACUGACCUUCAUGUCUUAAAGUAAUGAUGGACUGUCGUUUCUCUUUGCUUAUUUGAGCUGUUCUUGCCAUAAUAUGGACUUGGUCUUUUACCAAAUAUGGCUAUCUUCUGUAUACACACCCACCUUGUCACAACACAACUGAUUGGCUCAAACGCAUUAAGAAGGAAAUUAAUUCCACAAAUUAACUUUUAAGAAAGCACACCUGUUAAUUGAAAUGCAUUCCAGGUGACUACCUCAUGAAGCUGGUUGAGAGAAUGCCAAGAGUGUGCAAAGCUGUCAUCAAGGCAAAAGGUGGCUACUUUGAAGAAUCUCAAAUCUCAAAUAUAUUUUGAUUUGUUUAACACUUUAUUUGGUUACUACAUGAUACCAUAUGUGUUAUUUCAUAGUGUUGAUGUCUUCACUAUUAUUCUACAAUGUAAAAAUUAAGAAAAACCCUGGAAUGAGUAGGUGUGUCCAAACCUUUGACUGGUACUGUAUAUAUACGGCAGGACCAAAUCGGAGAGAUAGGUAGUCCAUGUAAUGCUUCGUAGGUUAGCAGUAAAACCUUGAAAUCAGCCCUAGCCUUAACAGGGAGCUUCUCUUGUCAUCCUGUUGUGAUUUUCAUGUCCCCUUCUCCCCUCUCUUUCAGUCCAUGGCCUACAUGAUCAGUGGAAACAUGGACAGUGGAUCCAAAGAUUACCAUAUCGAAGCUGCUAUCAGCAAAAUCUUUGCCUCUGUGAGUACAGUACAGCACUGUCUGCUUUUAUCCUAUCCCCUUUUAACACUUGGAGUGCCGGAAUUUCAUAACUCCUACUUCAAUUGUGUAAAUAUUCCAUAAUAAAUUGCUAAAUGAAUGCAUUUUCAUAAGAAACCUCAUGACACCAAAUGUAUAUUUGAAUCAGUCAGAAAAUGUAUUGAUUGAUCCAGAAGUGCGUAGACUGUAAAUACUAAAGAAGACUAAAGUGUAUUUUCUGAAUGUAAGACAACAGUUGCCUGCCUAGAAUGCAACACACUUUGAAAAGCUUGACUUAAGAAAAGUGAGCCACUCGAACACUCCCAUUGAGAUGAGAACGAUUCAAGACUUUACUCUCAACCAGUCACAUAGAGUAUCUGUGCAUGUGCACGGGUGCACUUCACACUAGAGGUCUUCACGGGUCCAAAAAGAUCCGAGAGUAGAAAGAGAGCGAAAGAAACCUCCGACCAGGCGCUGAAAGCGCAAUCAAUAAACAAGCGAUAUUGGCCAAAUGAUCCACAGUUAAGUGUCCUUAACUGCCUUUAACAAAUACAAAUAUUUGUUGUUUCGAUGUGUAGAAUACUCAACUUUAUAGCCUAUUGGUUUUUACUUUCCUAAAACAAUAGGCCGAAUUGUCCACAUGGUUCAGCUGUCGGAGACUCGAGCGCAAAAUGCAUCAGGGCAUUGUAUGCAUAUAGGCCAAGGCGUCCACUGCAUGAUAUGAAUAUUUAAAAUAUAACUAUAAAGGAAGAGAAGCUUAGGCCUAGCCCUAGAGUGACCGAGAGAAAGAUAUAGAUAUGCCAGCGCCAUGUUCCCAACACUGACAUGCAUUUCUUUAUAGGCUACUUGUCAGAUACUACUGCUAUACAAAUAGGCGUACAGAAGGAGGCUAAUUAGUAAAUGUUCUAUCUGAAUAUUUUUUUAUAAAGAUAAGCAUUGUAUUGUUAGAUUAAAGGCGUUAGUUACUCUGGUAGGCCUAAAACAUUCCUCCUCACCUCAACUUCAACUGUCGGAGAGUCAGUUGGAACGCUGUUGUGCACAGCCUUCAUAGACCUGCAUAGUUAAGCCUAAUAAUAGCCAUACCACAGAAAACCUUCACAAAAGUUUAACUUUAUAAGGGUAAUAUCAAAAGUAGGCCUAAGUCAAUUAAUUGUUUACAGGGAAAUACGUUAUUAUAUUGCGGCAUUAAAUUAAGUUUUGCAUCUCGCCCUCUUCUGGUUUUUCCUUUUCAUGGUUUAAGUGCCGGUAAUUCUAUUAUAUUGCGGCAAACACAACAUUCACUUAAUUUAACUUAAUUUGGCCAAAGAAAAUGCCUCAACAGAACUCAACAAAUGACAGCAAUAGGCUAAGGCUAUUUAUUUUGACAACCGGCCUAUUUUUAACCCAUCUCUAACAAAAUUUAGCACAAAAUUAAAACGACAGUUCGAACUUAAUUUAGCGAGUGAAAAUGUAUCAACUAAAUUAAACAAAACACUUUUUGCAUAUAUAAAGAACUGGUUUAGAUGAUAAAAUACACAUACAAUAAUAACAGUAAUGAUAUACAAUAAUGAUAAUAGUCUAAUGAGAAAACGAAUGAUAAUAAAUACGAAAAUAAAUAAAUAAAAGUUAGAAAAUUGCAUCAAACCUGAAUAGCGAGUUGCACACACAGUCUAUUUGGCCACGCCAACGUUCUUCUCAUCUUUGUCCACUAAAACUUGUUCCAGACAACAUUCCAGCUUCUUUUCACUAUACUUUUUCUCCUCUUUCAUUUUACUUGAAUGAAAAAGGCCUCCAUCUUUGCUAUCAACAGUGAAAGGCUCCUUUCACUUGCUCUCUCUCUCCCUCUCCUCAGCAGCAGGCGCAUGUGACAUGAGCAGCCAAAACCAGUUUCAGCUGGACAUACAGUGCCUUGCAAAAGUAUUCAUCCCCCUUGGCAUUUUUCCUAUUUUGUUGCAUUACAACCUGUAAUUUAAAUUGAUUUUUAUUUGGAUUUCAUGUAAUGGACAUACACAAAAUAGUCCAAAUUGGUGAAGUGAAAUGAAAAAAAUAACUUGUUUCAAAAAAUUAUAAGAAAUACAUAACAGAAAAGUGGUGUGUGCAUAUGUAUUCACCCCCUUUGCUAUGAAGCCCCUAAAUAAGAUCUGGUGCAACCAAUUACCUUCAGAAGUCACAAUUAGUUAAAUAAAGUCCACCUGUGUGCAAUCUAAGUGUCACAUGAUCUGUCGCAUGAUCUCAGUGUGUAUAUAUACCCCUGUUCUGAAAGGCCCCAUAGUCUGCAACACCACUAAGCAAGGGGCACCACUAUUGCUUAAAGAAAAAAAUAAGCAAACACUUUGUUGUUUGCCAAAAGGCAUGUGGGAGACUAAAAUUGAGCUUUUUGGCCAUCAAGGAAAAUGCUAUGUCUGGCGCAAACCCAACACCUCUCAUCACCCCGAGAACACCAUCCCGACAGUGAAGCAUGGUGGUGGCAGCGUGUUGUGGGGAUGUUUUUCAUCUGCAGGGACUGAGAAACUGGUCAGAAUUGAAGGAAUGAUGGAUGGCGCUAAAUACAGGGAAAUUAUUGAGGGGAAACCUGUUUCAGUCUUCCAGAGAUUUGAGACUGGGAUGGAGGUUCACCUUCCAGCAGGACAAUGACCCUAAGCAUACUGCUAAAGCAACACUCGAGUGGUUUAAGGGGAAACAUUUUUAAUGUCUUGGAAUGGCCUAGUCAAAGCCCAGACCUCAAUCCAAUUGAGAAUCUGUGGUAUGACUUAAAGAUUGCUGUACACCAGCGGAACCCAUCCAACUUGAAGACGCUGGAGCAGUUUUGCCUUGAAGAAUGGGCAAAAAUCACAGUGGCUAAAUGUACCAAGCUUAUAGAGACAUACCCCAAGAGACUUGCAGCUGUAAUUGCUGCAAAAGGUGGCUCUACAAAGUAUUGACUUUGGUGGGGGGAAUAGUUAUGCACGCUCAAGUUUUCUGUUUCUUUGUCUUUACUUCUUGUUUGUUUUAUACCAAAAAUAUUUUGCAUCUUCAAAGUGGUAGGCAUGUUGUGUAAAUCAAAUGAUACAAACCCCCCAAAAUCAAUUUUAAUUCCAGGUUGUAAGGAAACAAAAUAGGAAAAAUGCCAAGGGGGGUGAAUACUUUCGCAAGCCACUGUAAGCUAUACAUUUUGUGUUGCAAUUGGCUGACAUAGAUGACAAGCUCACACAGUUCUCAUCGACUCGCAUACAUUAAAUUAACAGAGGACGGGUUCAAUCGGGUCCAGUCGAUAAAUCAAUUUUAAUUGCACAUAACUGAGACUCAUGGCAAUUAUAUCAAACUGACCCAGAUCCGAGACAAAAGUCAGAAUUUAGGACUCGCACCCACUCGAGUCCAGGGUCGGAUCUCGGAAUAUCUGGUCUGUUGGACCCGUGAAGACCUCUACUUCACGCUCCUACAACUCACACGCUACGGGACCACAAGUGCAGAGAAGUUUAACCUCGCGCUCCAACGCUCCUGGUUGUUGUGGAAAUUGACCCGCUACUACUGUUUACUUUGUGCAUCUAUUCUAUGUCAUCUCACUGAGUCUACCUUUAAACCUAACCUAUGACUUUCCCCAUCACCUCAUGCACUACUGCCCCACAGUGGCAAGAAGUGACAUCCCCAAAAGCACAAACUAUACAACAUAUAAAUGUCUCCUAGCCUGUCCUUGACACUAAAACUGAAACGAACGAUUUAUUUUUAUAAAACUUAAACUAAAUAAUCUAAAAACUAAUAUAAAAGCACAACUAUAAUAACCUUCUCUCUCUCUCGUAGGAGGCGGCCUGGGAAGUGACUGAUGAGUGCAUCCAGGUCAUGGGAGGAAUGGGCUUCAUGAAGGUGAGUCUGGGUGGCUGCUGGGAUUGUUGGGAGUGAGUGGUUAUAUGAGUGUUGUACAUAUAAAUAUAAUGGUUAUAUACAGGGGUGAAAGUAGAUUUAAUUUCUUCUCGGUAUGUGCGUGCGCAAAUAUUUUUUUUAUAGGCCUAAUCAUAGAAUUACAUAUAUAAUCUUUAUCUGUGGGCCUAAAAGUAAAAAUGUGUUCUUUUAUUUUAAAAAUGCAUUAAAAAGGUAAUGUGGCAUAAACUUGGUGGAUUACUCACAUUACAGAGGACGAAACAGAAAUAAUGUCUGAUGAAACUACAGUUACUCACAAUAAAAUGACAGCUCUUACUAAAGAUUGUUUAAAAAGAAGACCAGCUCUAUACGACAUUAAAACAAAUUGUUUUGAGCUGUCAAACAAUCAAUUCUAACUUUAGCCAUCAAGCUAACGAAGUUAGUCCCAGAUGAGUUUUCCAAUGGAGCCCUCUUUGUCUGGAGAAGUAAAUGAACGGUUCCAGCGCUGUAGGAGCUGUAUCUACUACGCUUUGUUUCAGGACAAACUGGAUCACUCAGAGUUCCAAUGCGGCAAUUGUUUGCUUGCUGAGGAUUAUAGGCUUGAGGUGGCUUCCUUGAUCACACAGGUCGCCAGCCUACGUAAGAAACUGGGGAAAACGCAGAGUGGAAUGUCCUUUUCUACGCCGGUGGAAACAAAACACAUUUUAUAAGGAGGAUGGGAUCCACCCAAAUCAUUUGGGUUCUUGGAUCCUUUCACAGCAUUAUAAGGCUGCGUUGUGACAAUGACUUAUCAAGGACCCAAGCCCAGCUCAGUUAAUCCCUACCAUUGUGUCGCUGAGUCAUCAUAAUGCUUUAGCAAAUGUACAUUAUACCAGGGGCAUUGGUAGACACAAUGUAAGUAACCUAAUUUAUGUCCCUCUAACUGCCCUGAAUGCCUCUGCUGAUCCUAUAGCUAUUGUAUGCAGCAAUCAUGUGCAUAUAAACCAGAUUUAUGCUAUUAGCACUGAGGCGGUGUGCCCUAGUAGAAAGUCCACUGUGUGCAGCUCACCCUGCACUAACAUAAAUAACAUGAGAACAUCUACUUCUGCUAAGCUUACCAGUAAAGCAAUGAAAACAAGCAAGCAUCCCAGAAAAGUGCUCAAAAUAGCCCACGUUAACAUAUGUAGCUUAAGAAACAAGGUUCAUGAAAUUAAUAAUUUACCAGUAAUGGAUGACAUUCAUAUUCUGAAUAUCUCUGAAACUCACUUAGACAAUACCCAUGAUAAUACAGUGGUAGCAAUACAAGGUUAUAACAUUUACAGAAAAUACAGAAAUGCCAGUGGUGGAGGUGUUAAUGUGUAUAUUCAGAACCACAUUUCUGUAAAGAUUAGAGGAUCUCAUGUUAAAUACUGUUGAACUAAUAUGGCUACAUGUUCAUCUGCCUCACCUAAAGCCCAUUCUUGUGGGAAGCUGCUAUAGACCAAGUGCUAACAGUCAGUAUCUGGAUAACAUGUAUUGACUGGCUUUCAUCAAGCUGCCCACUCAAGAAAAAGCCUCAAACUGUAACUAACCAGUGCCUGCAACCUGGUUCAGGUUAUCAGUCAACCUACCAAGGUAGUUACAAACAGCACAGGAAUGAAAUCAUCAACAUGUAUUGAUCACAUCUUUACUAAUGCUGCAGAAAUGUGCUUGAAAGCAGUAUCCAGAUUCAUCGGAUGUAGUGAUCACAAUAUAGCCAUAUCUAGGAAAACCAAAGUUCCAAAGGCUGGGCCUAAUAUAGUGUAUAAGAGGUCAUACAAUACGUUUUGUAGUGAUUCCGAUGUUGUUUAUGUAAAUAAUAUUUGUUGGUCCGUGGUGUGGAAUGAGGAGCAAACAGACGUUGCACUUGAUACAUUUAUGAAAUUGCUUAUCCCAGUUACUAAUAAGCAUGCACGCAUUAAGAAAAUGACUGUAAAAACUGUUAAAUCCCCGUGGAUUGAUGAGGAGUUGAAAUUUUGUAUGGUUGAGAGGGAUGAGGCAAAAGGAAUGGUAAGUCUGGCUGCACAACCGAUUGGCAAACGUACUGCAAAUUGAGAAAUCAUGACUAAACUGAAUAAAAAGAAAAAACCACACUAUGAAAUAAAGAUAAAUGACAUAAAGAAUGAUUGUAAAAAGCUUUGGAGCGCCUUCAAUUAAAUUUUGGGAAAAAAGGCAAACGGCUCCAUCAUUCAUUGAAACAGAUGGCUCAUUCAUCACAAAACCGCCAACUACUUCAAAGAUUUUUUUCAUUGGCAAGAUUAGCAAACUUAGGCAUGACAUGCCAGCAACAAAUGCUGACACUACAUAUCCAAGUAUAUCUGACCAAAUUAUGAAAGACAAGAAUAGUAAUUUUCUAUUCCGUAAAGUGAGUGUGGAAGAGGUGAACAAAUUAUUGUUGUCUAUCAACAAUGACAAGCCACCAGGGAUGGAAAAUUACUGAGGAUAAUAGCGGACGAUAUUGCCACUCCUAUUUGCCAUAUCUUCAAUUUAAGCCUACUAGAAAGUGUGUGCCCUCAGGCAUGGAGGGACGCAAAAGUCAUUCCACUACCUAAGAAUAGUAAAGCCCCCUUUACUGGCUCAAAUAACCGACCAAUCAGCCUGUUACCAACCCUUAGUAAAGCUUUGGAAAAAAUUGUGUUUGACCAGAUACAAUGCUAUUUUACAGUAAACAAAUUGACAACAGACUUUCACCACGCUUAUAGGGAAGGACAUUCAACAAGCACAGCACUUACACAAAUGACUGAUGAUUGACUGAGAGAAAUUGAUGAUAAAAAUAUUGUGGGGGCUGUUUUGUUAGACUUCAGUGUGGCUUUUGACAUUAGCGAUCAAAGUCUGCUGCUGGAAAAACAUAAGUGUUAUGGCUGCUAUAUUGUGGAUAAAGAGUUACCUGUCUAAAAGAACACAGAGGGUGUGCUUUAAUGGAAGCCUUUCCAACAAAAUCCAGGUAGAAUCAGGAAUUCUCCAGGGCAGCUGUCUAGGCCCCUUACUUUUUUCAAUCUUUACUAACGACAUGCCACUGGCUUUGAGUAAAGCCGGUGUGUCUAUGUAUGCGGAUGACUCAACACUAUACACGUCAGCUACUACAAUGACUGAAAUGACUGCAACACUUAACAAAGAGCUGCAGUUAGUUUCAGAAUGGGUGGCAAGGAAUAAAUUAGUCCUAAAUAUUUCAAAACUAAAAGCAUUGUAUUUGGGACAAAUCAUUCACUAAACCUUAAACCUCAACUAAAUCUAAUAAAUAAUGUGGAAGUUGAGGUGACAAAACAGCUUGGAGUAACCCUGGAUUGUAAACUGUCAUGGUCAAAACAUAUUGAUACAACAGUAGCUAAGAUGGGGAGAAGUCUGUCCAUAAUAAAGCGCUCCUCUACCUUCUUAACAGCACUAUACAAAGCAGGUCCUACAGGCUCUAGUUUUGUCGCACCUGGACUACUGUUCAGUCGUGUGGUCAGGUGCCAUAAAGAGGGACUUAGGAAAAUUGCAAUUGGCUCAGAACAGGGCAGCACGGCUGGCCCUUGGAUGUACACAGAUAUCAAACAUUAAUGAUAUGCAUGUCAAUCUCACCUGGCUCAAAGUGGAGGAGAGUGACUUCAUCACUAAUUGUAUUUGUAAGAGGUAUUGGCAUGUUGAAAGCACCGAGCUGCACAGCUCGGACACCCAUGCAUACCCCACAAGACAUGCCACCAGAGGUCUCACUGCUAUCGUUGACCCACACUGCAUUUUGGAGUGUAUUCUACAUGUUUUCAAGUCCUUUCGCUCAUUUUUCAUGCGACUGACAUGGGGUAAUAAUAAAUAAUAGUAUUAUAGCAUACAGUUUUCUUGGCAUCUUUGUUUUAAUUAUUGUACCCCCACUAUUUAUUUACCGGCUUACUUUCAUCCCUGGUUUAAUAUCAGUGUCUUACAUAGAAAUAGAUUUAGAACACUAGAAUGGACAUUGUUGGUGUGUAGACAUGACUACAGAGCGGCUAUAUUAUUUUAUGUUUGGUGUGUGUGCUUACUGUGAGUGACUAAGAGUGGUGCCUUUGAAGACUGAAAUCUUAUGGCUGUUUCUUGUGGUCUGUAUCCAGGGCUCUGGUGUGGAGAGGGUGAUGAGGGAUCUUAGAAUCUUCAGAAUCUUUGAGGGAACCAACGACAUUCUCAGACUGUUUGUGGCUCUCAACGGAUUCCAGGUACAGUACACGUGACCUAUUUUGUCUGAACAAUCAUACAGUCUGUUUUUGAACUAGAAACAGAAAUAGAAUUACAAGAACGGCAAUCCCCAUUCAAGUCACUGUUCCGUGAUGGGUGGGCUGGAGGCCAUAUUGAGUGUACCCAAUAUGUUCCUGUUCUAGUAAUUAUAUUCCUAUGGCUUUUUAUAUGUCAGUGUGAGAUGUGUUGAGUGAAUGGUGUUGAUCCUCCUGUUGUUUCCAGGAUGCAGGGAAGCACCUGAAGUCUCUACAGAAGGCUCUGAAGAACCCUCUGGGCAACGCUGGGCUGCUAGCUGGAGAGGUGACCAAGAGGGCCAAGAGGUCAGUGUGUAACACGCUGUUUAAGAAGCCCGCUUGUCGAUUGUUUGGUCGACCGAGAUUUCUUUAGUCGAGCAGAAGCAAAAAAGCGAAUCUAAAAAAAUAUAUAUAUUAUGGUGUACAAGACACCGGUCUGAUUUGCGCUGAGUGGACUGAUCCAUUGUGGAGGCCGUGGUGAUGGCACAGUCCAUCAGUCUAAGACGUGCUACUGAAAUUGUAUAUGGUUAUAUUACAUUUAAAAAAUGGUGCAACACUAAUACAAAUUAUAUUAUUUUAUAACAUGCGCUCCCUCGUUGGAUAGCAGUCGCUGUCCACGGUUCUGAAACAUCAGUGCGCUGUUGAAUUGGCGCCUUUUCCUAGACCAUGAUGCUAUGUGCAUAAUAGCAACGUUAACCAGCAUAUUGGUGUUGAGAACAAUGCCAGAAGCAGCAGCAGAAUGAGGAGAUGAGAAAACAGCCCUUGCCUUAUUGUCUAAGAAAAGUGAGGAGAGAGGAAACCCCAACUUAACUAGGUCUAUAAUCAAUAGCCUAACUGUUAAAUGUGCCUGGCUUUAUAAAUCAUCAAUAUAUCUACAGAAAUAAGACCGAUCCUGCUUAUGUUGCCUGUUUGAGUGUUUGUUUAAUAGCCUACUGAUUCCGUGAGCACCAAGCCUCACACAACAUCUCAAGUAAACAAUUUCACAAAUGUUGCUGUUUUUAAUCUUUGCUUUGCUGUAGUAAAGGAUUUACAGCCUCUGGUAUUAUUUAUAUUUUAUUUCGUGUUUACACUGUUCCAAAUUGUCAAAAACAUGAUAUUUAUAAUAAUAAUACAUCUAUUUUUUCUUGAUCUCCUUCAUAUUAUUAUUAUAAUAAUAAGUCAUGUCAUUAUCAUUAGGAGGUCUAGUAUAGCAGCCUUGUAUAACCACCAUCGAGCUGUAGGCCUAAGAGCGCAUCCUGUUUAGUCUUAAUACCGUAACUUACUUAGGCCUAAAUUUCAAUACUUCUAUAGGCUACUGUAUCAAUCAAUCGAUAUUUCAUUUGUUCAUGUCAUCACACAGCAUACGAGUCAUUCAUGAUUUGAAAUGUAAUCAAGCAUUUUAGUUUUAAAAUAAAAUAAAAGCGAGCCUUGAAUAAUUAGCUUAAACAAUAAAUAAACCGUUUGAUUUCGGAAAUUGCAUUGACAAAUGAAUGCGACUGUAGUCUUUCCUGUCAUAAAGGCUUAGCAUAAGAAAACGUUACAACAGACUCUCUGGUAUGCUUAUACUUUAUUUAGUGUUGUUCAGAGUUUGUUGUAACCAAUUUAUUGAUGUGAUUAUGAUAUGCUCUAUCCUCCUGAUUCCUGCUUAUGAGCAAAAACUAAAGCAGGAAGCACCAGUGACUUGGUUAAUAAGGAAGUGGUCAGAUGACGCAGAUGCUAAGCUACAGGACUGAUUUGCUAGCACAGACUGGAAUAUGUACCGGGAUUCUUUCGAUGGCAUUGAGGAGUACACUACAUCCGUCACUGGCUUCAUCAAUAAGUGCAUAGAUGACGUCGUCCCCACAGUGACCGUACGUACAGUUGAAGUCGGAAGUUUACAUACACUUAGGUUGGAGUCAUUAAAACUCGUUUUUCAACCAACUCCACAAAUUUCUUGUUAACAAACUAUAGUUUUGGCAAGUCGGUUAGGACAUCUACUUUGUGCAUGACACAAGUAAUUUUUCCAACAAUAGUUUACAGACAGAUUAUUUCACUUAUAAUUCACUGUAUCACAAUUCCAGUGGGUCAGAAGGUUACAUACACUAAGUUGACUGUGCCUUUUAAACAGCUUGGAAAAUUCCAGAAAAUGAUGUCAUGGCAUUAGAAGCUUCUGAUAGACUAAUUGACAUCAUUUGAGUCAAUUGAAGGUGUACAUGUGGAUGUUUUUCAAGGCCUACCUUCAAACUCAGUGCCUCUUUGCUUGACAUCAUCGGAAAAUCAAAAGAAAUCAGCCAAGACCUCAGAAAAAAAAUUGUAGACCUCCACAUGUCUGGUUCAUCCUUGGGAGCAAUUUCAAAACGCCUGAAGGUACCAUGUUCAUCUGUACAAACAAUAGUAUGCAAGUAUAAACACCAUGGGACCACGCAGCCGUUAUACCGCUCAGGAAGGAGACGUGUUCUGUCUCCUAGAGAUGAACGUACUUUGGUGCAAAUAAAUCCCAGAACAACAGCAAAGGACCUUGUGAAGAUGCUGGAGGAAACGGGUACAAAAGUAUCUAUAUCCAUAGUAAAACGAGUCCUAUAUCGACAUAACCUGAAAGGCCGCUCACCAAGGAAGAAGCCACUGCUCCAAAACCGCCAUAAAAAAGCCAGACUACAGUUUGCAACUGCACAUGGGGACAAAGAUCGUACUUUUUGGAGAAAUGUCCUCUGGUCUGAUAAAACAAAAAUAUAACUGUUUGGCCAUAAUGACCAUCGUUAUGUUUGGAGGAAAAAGGGGGUCGCUUGCAAGCCGAAGAACACCAUCCCAACCGUGAAGCACGGGGGUGGCAGCACCAUGCUGUGGGGGUGCUUUGCUGCAGGAGGGACUGGUGCACUUCACAAAAUAGAUGGCAUCAUGAGGAAGGAAAAUUAUGUGGAUAUAUUGAAGCAACAUCUCAAGACAUCAGUCAGGAAGUUAAAACUUGGUUGCAAAUGGGUCUUCCAAAUGGACAAUGACCCCAAGCAUACUUCCAAAGUUGUGGCAAAAUGGCUUAAGGACAACAAAGUCAAGGUAUUGGAGUGGCCAUCACAAAGCCCUGACCUCAAUCCUAUAAAAAAUGUCUGGGCAGAACUGAAAAAGCGUGUGCGAGCAAGGAGGCCUACAACCCUGACUCAGUUACACCCGCUCUGUCAGGAGGAAUGGGCCAAAAUUCACCCAACUUAUUGUGGAAAGCUUGUGGAAGGCUACCCGAAACGUUUAACCCAGGUUAAACAAUUUAAAGGCAAUGCUACCAAAUACUAAUUGAGUGUAUGUAAACUUCUGACCCACUGGGAAUGUGAAAUAAAUAAUUCUCUCUACUACUAUUCUGACAUUUCACAUUCUUAAAAUAAAGUGGUGAGAAAUCACUGCUACGCCCUCCGACGAACCAUCAAACAGGCUAAGAGUCAAUACAGGACUAAGAUUGAAUUGUACUACACCAGCUCCGACGCGCGUCGGAUGUGGCAGGGCUUGAAAACUAUUACAGACUACAAAGGGAAGCACAGCCGCGAGCUGCCCAGUGAGAGCCUACCAGACGAGCUAAAUCACUUCUAUGCUCGCUUCGAUGCAAGCAACACUGAAGCAUGCAUGAGAGCAUCAGCUGUUCCGGAUGAUUAUGUGAUCACGCUCUCCGUAGCCGAUGUGAGUAAGACUUUUAAGCAGGUCAACAUUCACAAGGCCGCAGGGCCAGACGGAUUACCAGGACAUGUACUCCGAGCAUGCGCUGACCAACUGGCAAGUGUCUUCACUGACAUUUUCAACAUGUCCCUGACUGAGUCUGUAAUACCAACGUUUUUCAAGCAGACCACCAUAGUCAAAUCAAAUCAAUGUUAUUUGCCACAUGCGCCGAAUACAACAGGUGUAGACAUUACAGUGAAAUGCUUACUUAGAGGGCCUUAACCAACAAUGCAGGUUUUUAAAUAAAAAAUAAAAGCAAAUAACUAAAGAGUAGCAGUAAAAUAAAAUAACAGUAGGGAGGCUAUAUACGGGGGGGUACCGGUACAGACUCAAUGUGCGAGGGCACCGGCUAGUCGAGGUAAUAUGUACAUGUGGGUAGAACACUAAGAUAACCUGCCUAAAUGACUACCGACCCGUAGCACUCACGUCUGUAGCCAUGAAGUGCUUUGAAAGGCUGGUCAUGGCUCACAUCAACACCAUUAUCCCAGAAACCCUAGACCCACUCCAAUUUGCAUACAGCCCCAACAGAUCCACAGAUGAUGGAAUCUCAAUUGCUCUCCAAACUGCCCUUUCCCACCUGAACAAGAGGAACACCUAUGUGAGAAUGCUAUUCAUUGACUACAGCUCAGUGUUCAACACCAUAGUGCCCUCAAAGCUCAUCACUAAGCUAAGGACCCUGGGACUAAACACCUCCCUCUGCAACUGGAUCCUGGACUUCCUGACGGGCCACCCCCAGGUGGUAAGGGUAGGUAACAACACAUCUGCCACGCUGAACCUCAACACAGGGGCCCCUCAGGGGUGCGUGCUCAGUCCCCUCCUGUACUCCCUGUUCACCCAUGACUGCAUGGCCAGGCACAACUGUAGUGGAACAGGUCGAGAGUUUCCACCUCACCAACAAACUAUCAUGGUCCAAACACACCAAGACAGUCGUGAAGAGGGCACAACAAAGCCUAUUCCCCCUCAGGAGACUGAAAAGAUUUUCCAUGGGUCCUCAGAUCCUCAAAGUUUUACAGCUGCACCAUCGAGAGCAUCCUGACUGGUUGCAUCACCGCCUGGUAUAGCAACUGCUUGGCCUCCGACCGCAAGGCACUACAGAGGGUACUGCAUACGGCCCAGUACAUCACUGGGGCUAAGCUUCCUGCCAACCAGGACCUCUAUACCAGGCGGUGUGAGAGGAAGGCCCUAAAAAUUGUCAAAGAAUCCAGCCACCCUAGUCAUAUACCGGAGUGCCAAGUCUAGGUCCAAAAGGCUUCUUAACAGCUUCUACCCCCAAGCCAUAAGAAUCCUGAACAGCUAAUCAUGGCUACCCGGACUAUUUGCAUUGAACACCCCACACCACCCCCUCUUUUACGCUGCUACGCUCACUUUAUUAUCUAUGCAUAGUCACUAACUCUACCCACAUGUACAUAUUACCUCAAUUACCUCGACUAACCUGUACCCCCCGCACAUUGACUCUGUAUCAGUACCCCCUGUAUAUAGCCUCCCUACUGUUAUUUUAUUUUACUGCUUCUCUUUAAUUAUUUAUAUUUUUUACAUAUCUAUGUUUUACUUAAGACUUAUUUUUCCUAAAACUGCAUUGUUGGUUAAGGGCUUGUAAGUAAGCAUUUCACUGUAAGGUCUACACCUGUUGUAUUCAGCGCAUGUGGCAAAUACAAUUGGAUUUGAUUUUGAUCUCCUCAAAGAGGGAAGUUUGUCAGGCUCAGUAAAGCCUCAAACAUAAAUUGUCCGCAGCAGUGAAAUGGGCUACUUCUAUGUGAAUGAGUAAGGAGGCAGAACACACCUCAAUUCAAACUGUUGUUAGAAGAUACAACUUUUUAGAAAAUAAUUUGAAGUAGACUCAGCCUAUAGAUAAUUAGCAGGCAGCGCGUGUUAACUGUCCUGUUGCGUAACAAUCACAUUUUGGAAAAGUGAGUGCAGUUUGAUGUCACAUGCGUAAAACAACUCACGCUGGGGCGACCAUUAGAGAUAUUUGCACCUCACGUGCGAAAAGGUUAAACAUACGGAAAAUACCUUUUGACCUUUCAUUCAGAACCCGAAUUGAACCUAACUUCAACGUCAUUUUGCUUACUGGGAGUAUUCUAGUUUUGUCGGGCAGCACAUUUUUUGGUCUCGCCAUAAGACUGGACCUGGCUAUAGGUCAGACCCUAUUGUGAUCUAUUCGGACGGGAUUAGUUUUACUGGGGGAGAUCGGGUAAUGUUAUAUGUACACGAGCACAAAACACCACAUCUGUAAUUUUUCUCCCGUCAGAAUCUGCCAUUUCAGUAAUUUUUACAUGGCAGGAGAGUAACAUUUCCAACCACAAUAACCUACUGUUUUUUUGGUAACUCCAAGGUCCUCUGAUCAUACUAGUCCUGUGCGAAUCGACAUUCCUGUGUUUUGAUAGAAAUGUCUGCGUUUGACAGGUGCUGCUCGCGGUUUGCACAAAACAAUAACUGAUUCGAUACAUUUAACAAAGUGCUGCCUAUAGGCUACAUGUAGGUCAUUCAUAUAUAGUUUAUCAACUUUUACAGUGAAAGCUUUGUUUAUGUUUUGUGCGUAUGAAUGUUAUAUUACGAAAUGCAUCAGUAAAAAAUAUUGAGCCUAUUUAAUGCAACCCUUGCUUUUAAUAGAUCGCAAAGCAGCAGCAUACAACUGACCUAAAUGUUUGGAAAUGAUAAAUUAACUUUCUCAUCCAUAGCCUUAAAAUGCAUCUCAAGUGCAAUUGCACUGUCUAGCUGACAUCUGAAGGCUGGGGGCAUUUAGGACGUACUGUGGAUCGCUAAAAUAUCCUAAUGAUUAUGAUCACACUUCCUCAAUUCAAAUAUUAUGGCGACACUAUAGGAGAGAUGGUUUGGUAUGGUUUAGAAACGUGUGAAUCAAACUCGAGUUAUCAGUGUGGCCUUAUCACCUGGACAUGUUGAAAUACUGUAUCUUCACGCCUAGAAUAAAAACCUCCAGGCUUGCGUCAUAACUGUCAAUUUAUUGGGAAAAAAUAAAGAAUUUCAGGGGGCAGUAUGGAAAAAAAACUAACCCCGUCCGAAACAUCCUCUGGAAUAACUGACAUUCUGGAGUAAUAAUUACAUAAACAACGUUCUCUAGUAAUACUAGUCCCGUGCGAAUAGGUAUUUGGUCACGUGCUUGCGAUGCAUACAUGUGUCACGUAAAGAGAGCAAGGGUUGAGGGAAUAGGGAAUGUUUUUCCUAAACAAAUGAGAGAUUUCGGUACCAGAACUUUUCAGUCAGAAAUGGCUGUAAUUAUGUUGUCGCUUCAGCAACACGGACAGCGCGAUAAACACUUUGAUGUUCUGUGGUGGUCGCUGCAGCAGGGAGGAGAGAGUCAACGCGUGCUAGUCACAGUCAGUCGCUGUCUUUUUUUUCUUAACACGUACAUGAAGUCUGAGCCCGGCCCAGCACAAUCAAAUAAAUUGCUGGUCAGACUCCCUAUAGUUGUCUCUUAAUUAUUUAAUCAAACCGUGUGCUUAAAGGAUCAGACAAACUCCGUGAAUAUAGUUGAUGUGAUUUAAAACACAUAGGAUGUGUCAAAAUGGAAAAAUACACGUUUAAAAAUGUCAGUCAAUCGAUUGGUCGAAAGAACAGACAACUCUUGGUCGACCAAUAUUUUUUUUUAACUCGGGGACAGCCCUACAACACACUCCCUAACCAUCUGUCUUGUUGUCUCUGUCUCUUUCUCAUUAUCCAGGAGGGCAGGUCUGAGCACUGGCCUCACUCUGCAGGGAUCAGUCCAUCCAGAGCUGUCUCACAGUGGAGAUCUGGUGAGAGAGAUUCAAAGCUUGCAUUGACCUCCGUGGCUGUAUGUAUCCAUCCAUGCCAUAAUGUGUCACUAAGUCUAAGACGGUAUAAGACUCCCAGAUGAUUGACGUCUGUAUUUCUUCCAGGCUGUUAACGCUAUAGAGCACUUUGGAGUCACCGUUGAGGAUAUGCUGCUCAAACACGGCAAGAACAUCCUCCGUGAGUAUUUAUAAUACAUCUACAGUACAUAAGAAUAUUAAACUAAAUGUGAAAACCUGAUUUAAGGAUACCCAACUAGCACAUUUGGUUCCUUGGAAGUUGUGGGAACGUAGGUUUUUGUUUUCCCAUUGGUUCUGGGAACGAAGCCAUACAUUUUUGUAAAAGCUCUGAGAAUGGAAGUUAACAUUUUGCCUGUUCUGGGAAUGUAAAUUUUUAGGUUGCUGGGAGGUUCUGAGAAUGUUUUACUAUGGUUCUCUCAAAGUUUUCAUUAACGUUCUGAGAAUGAACAUUAUAGGUUAUUUGAAGGUAAUUAAAUAACAUUCUGAGAACAUGUUUCAAGAAGACUUCAACUAACCUAGCAGUGAUAUUAACUGUUUUGAUCUACAAGCACAGAUGGGACACAUGGAAAAUAAUUUGCUUAGGUAUUAAUCAUGCAAACACGUUUUAUUGUGGCACGGCGUCAGUGAGAUUUGAACCUAUGAUCUUCUGUUCUCUAUACAUGGGAUUAUGGAGGUAGCAUGUCACGUUUUUUUUUACUGAUACAAAGCUGUUCAUUUUAGUCUAUUCAAACAGACCCCAUUUCAAAGGAAACAAGCACUCAUUUUGAUCCGGUGUGGCCAAUUAGUGGGCACGGCCAACACACCUGAACACACUUAACAAGUGAGAGGAUAGAGAAAGGUUUUGUUGAAGCUCUGAACGGAAUGUAUGUUUUUAAAAUAAUUCUUAGAACGUUCUUUGAAUGUUCUGAGAACUUGAGUUUAAAAUGAACCAUGAGGAAACAUGCUGAAAACGUUAUGCUGAAGUACUGAAAUUCCAACAGAAGAACGUUGUUUCUGAACGUUGUGAGAACAUGACUGAAUAGAACCAUGAGGAAACUUCCAAAAAUGUUAUGCUAAAGUACAAAAAUUCCCACCUAAGAAACAUAUGGUUCUCAGAAUGUUAUGUGCUAGCCGGGUAUCCUGCACCAUUCAGAGAACGUUGUGGGAAGGUUGUAUGCAAAAUGACCAUAGGAUAACAUGCUCUGACCAAGCUCUAAGAAACAUAGUGUUUAAUGGCCAAUAUUAUAUGGCUGUAUUCUGAUGUUAUGUCUCCUCUCCAUUACAGAUGAGCAGUUUGUGCUGAAGAGAGUGGCAGACAGUGCCAUUGACCUGUAUGCUAUGGUUGUUGUCCUGUCCAGGUAA